UAUUGUCAGCUGUUUUUCUACUCUCAUGUACUGCCACAGCUUACCUUUCUCUGCUGUGGAAAUACUUAUACAAUAGCUUUAUUAUGGCGCCAUCCCGUGGCCAAACACUAGUGGUGCAACGAGGAUUGACAUGGGUAAGUGUGGACAACUCUAAUGGCCAUGAUGCGCAAUGACAGUGUCCUUACCUCAGAGGAAUUUGAACUUCCUGCUUUUACAAAACAACAUUAUUUCCAUCAGACGUGUUUAUCUGUUCUUCAGUGCCGUUAAAAUGAACUGCCUCAAAUAAGAGAGAAGGUGAAAGGGAGCGAGCAACAGCGCCUCACAGGUAGCACAGAGCGCUGGCCAUGGUGCUGACAGCCCUCUGCUUCCAUCCAUCAUCCUCGAGUCUGUCUGAUAGGUCACUAUGAGGUCCAAGUGUGAAUGAUGGAUGUUAGUAGUUGAUUAAAAGGGAAAGAAAAACAAGAGGAGGACAGAUAAACAGUUCACUAAAAAGAAGUUCUAUAAUUGAUAAAGGGUCAUGUGUCUUGGAAAAUAGUAGAAACCUCUCAGAUUCCUCUUUCCAGCCAAAAAUGACAUGUAGCCCACCUUAUGUAACUGAUGCUCAAAGGGUAGAGGGGGAACAGUAUGAGAGAGUCCUUCUUAUACUUUUAUAAAGAAGGUGGAGAGAAAAGUUGGGAAAACAAACAUAAUUAUAUUUGGGAAUCCCUCUUCUUCCGGUAUCGUAAUCAUCUGUUUUUUUAUCCAGCAGAGGGAAAUGUGCCCCAUUUCCAGAGACCCUGGCAAUCUCCCCUGCUCUUGCAUCAUUUGCUCUCAGUGGAAAGUGCUGGCAUUUGUGCGCAUGUUCCACAGAGCGUUUUGUGUCGUCGCCCAUUCUCCAUUGGCUCUCUCUCUACUCUGAGCUCAGCUUCACACCGGACCAGCCUUCACGCAGCAGAGUGCGCCCACGCUGCCUGUAACCGGACUGAGCUUCCCACGCUGCUCUGAAGAGGAAAAGGAUGGAGAAAAAGAGCGAGAUCAACGGACACGCCAUGCCCAGCUCGGCCUCCACCGACAGGAUCCUGGAGAAAGGCGCGAGGAAGAGUUUCUUGGAGAAGCUGAUGGAGUUUCUGAGGAAGAACCUACUUGUGAUCAUGACGGUGUCCGGGGUGCUGGUGGGCGUCGGGCUCGGCAUGAUGGUCCGCAACAUGAACCUGACCAAAGCGCAGAUGACCUACUUCGCCUUCCCCGGAGAGAUGCUGCUCCGGAUGCUGAAGAUGAUCAUCCUGCCCCUGGUCGUCUGCAGCCUCGUCUCCGGCGCCGCCAGCCUGGACACACGCUCCCUGGGCAAGCUGGGGGGCAUCGCAGUCGCCUACUUUCUGGUGACCACGCUGAUCGCCUCGGGGAUCGGGGUGGCCCUGGCUUUCAUCAUUAAACCCGGCGUGGGCGCGGGAGCUCUGAACACCAACAAUCUGGGGCUGGAGAGUGUCAGCAGCGACAAGGAGACGGCGGACUCCUUUCUGGAUCUGGCCAGGAAUCUAUUCCCAGCAAACCUGGUGGCUGCUGCUUUCCGUUCUUAUGCCACCGACUACAAGAUGGUUGCUGUGGGGAAUGACACCAACGGGACCACCCUCUAUCAGAAGGUUCCUGUUGGUACAGAAACAGAUGGCAUGAACAUCCUGGGUUUGGUUUUGUUUGCCAUGGUGUUCGGUGUGGCGCUGAGAAAGCUUGGAGACGAGGGGGAGGAACUCAUUCGCUUCUUCAAUGCAUUCAAUGAGGCUACCAUGGUGCUGGUGUCCUGGAUCAUGUGGUAUAUCCCUUUUGGCAUCAUGUUCCUGGUGGGCAGUAAGAUUGUGGAGAUGGAGGAUGUGGUUCUUCUGGUCACCAGUCUGGGAAAAUACAUCUUUGCUUCGAUCCUGGGACACAUUAUCCACGGGGGCAUCGUCCUGCCUCUCAUCUACUUCGGCUUCACACGCAAGAACCCCUUCAGUUUCCUGUCAGGCCUCAUCACGCCCUUCACCACUGCCUUCGCCACCUGCUCCAGUUCAGCCACUCUUCCCUCUAUGAUAAAGUGUGUUGAGGAGAAUAACGGUGUGGAUAAACGCAUCAGCCGCUUCAUCCUUCCCAUUGGAGCCACAGUUAACAUGGAUGGGGCGGCCAUUUUCCAGUGCAUCGCUGCCGUCUUCAUCGCUCAGCUCAACAAUGCUGAACUGAACGCCGGACAGAUCUUCACCAUCCUGGUGACAGCCACAGCCUCCAGUGUCGGUGCGGCAGGCAUCCCAGCCGGCGGCAUCAUCACCAUCGCCAUCAUCCUGGAGGCCAUCGGCCUGCCAACCAAUGACCUGUCCCUCAUGCUGGCUGUUGACUGGAUUGUGGAUCGUACGACCACUGUGGUGAACGUGGAGGGUGAUGCUCUGGGCGCUGGAAUCCUCCACCACAUCAACCAGCAGGAGAUGAAGAAAGAGCAGGAACAGCAGCAGGACAGGGAGCUGGCAGAGGUUCGGGUGGAAGCAGUAGCCAAUGUCCAGGCAGAGGAGGAGACCUCGCCACUAGUCAUGCACCAAACCAAAGCCUUAGCGGCAACGCCGGAAGCUAUUGAGUCUGUCCUGUGAACUCAGCAAGACUUUUUUUCUUGCCCUGUGACCUUUCGACAUUGCUGCUGAUGGGACACAAUUCUCACUCAGUGUCCAUUCAAAAAAAAAAAAAAACGAAGGUCACUAAUGGUUUCCCUUGUGAGGAAAAUAAGUGCCAUAGUAACAGUCUGUCUAGAGCAUUGAUGGUCCACAGUGCACUUACUGCUGCUGUUUUGAAAUUUGGUCACUUGGGCUCAUGUCCCCAUACUCGGGUUUCCAUCCAAGUAUUUUAAUGCAGAUUAGGAUAUAAUGGAUUUAAAAAUUCUGAAAUUUUGAAAACAGUUCCUCAACACUGCGAAACAUUAAAUUUUAACUCAAGGCAGAUUUUUAUUUCUUUUUUUUUUUUUUUUUACAUUUUGCGAUAAGCAGUGAUGGAAACACACUGUGUGAAAAAUAUCCCCAAAACAUUCCCAUAAAUGUCAUAUCUCUGUUUGUCUCAUUAACCGUAUGAGAUGCUCAUGGCCACAAGUUUGUAUGUUAGAACAUUAUCAAGUGCAUUUCUUUGUUUUUAUCCUCAGACAGCAAAUACAACGACCAACAUUAACUAUAGAAAACUAACUAUUUGCCAAAAUCCGAUAAUUGAGAGCAAGUGCUUGCGAGUGUCUGUCAUAUAAUCACAUGUUCAGGAAGUCUGUUCAGUCACUUCAACUCAGCUGAUGGAAACAAAAUCCUGUCUUUCUCUUAAUCAGAUUGAAAUAGGAACUUUUGCUCCCAGGUUUAAUAGUUGUCACAAUCUGAAGAGAUGUUUACAUGAUGUGCCCCGGCUUGUGUUUGCUGACCAUCAGCUGACAAUGUCAAACAUUAACCCUUCGAAUGAACGACCAAGAAUUUGGCCUAUUUGUUGGACAAGCCUAAUGCAAUGUGUUGACCCAGUCUACCGACUCCCUAGUGACCCAGAUGGCCCAGUAUGGUAAAGAAUCUUUAACGCUCGACCAUUUGGAAUAGUAAGGUUAACAUGUAUGCUUUGCCAUCAUGGUCUAAUCCUGUUUAUCCCUAAGUAAACAGAGUGUGGGGUUAUUUAAAUGGUUCACUGAGUCUCUCUCAUGGAAAACGACCUCAUAAAUAACCAAAUGCAAACAGGAUAAGGUAAAAAUGUCACCUGCCUUUAUUUCUCAGCUAAUAUCAGCAUUUUACAAGCAAGCUUUAUAAAUGUGCUUCUGCGGUCUGUGUACGAAUAAUGGCCAUCCAAGCUAGCUCUCAAAAGUUGCAUUUAUGCACCAAGGAGUCUGAAAAGCAGCUAGUUUGUUUUGAGUUUUGUUUUGCUAAUUAGUGUUAAUAAUGUAAUGUUAACAUGCAGCUAUCAGCUAAUUCUCUUAUUUCUUAGCUAGCGUUUGUUUAGCUAAUGUUCAGGUGUUUUUAAGCUAAACAACAACAAACUAAACUAAAAAGAUACUAGAUUUAUUUAUGGUGAAAAACCCAGCUCCCAGUCAAAACCAGAAGAGAAAUUAAGCUAAUCCAAUCAGUCCUGUUGAGACAGCGGAGAAAGUCAAUGUGCUAUUCUUUUCCAAAAAUUGAAGCUCUUUAACAUGACUGCCAGUUAGUGCGUUAUUUGAAGGCAUUCAUGAGCUUAUAAGAUACUGUUAAAGACAUAGUCAUGGCCAGAAUUACAAUUGACAGAACAUUAGUUUGCAAGUUCUGUAAACACCACUUGUUUGACAUCAUGAAAACACUCCAGUCUCCCACGUAUUAAAGACCACUAUUUGAUUUAUAAAUGUCAGUAGUUCCAGAUGGUUUUGUUUAAGGAAUCUUAGCAAAUCCAUAAGGAGUUCACUCAAAACUCAAAGCUUCAUCAAAUGUUUACAUUCAGAAUGUGGACCCAACCGAAUGCUGACUGAACUGAAUACUAUACGCCAUUAGUCUGUGAAUCCAUCCUUUGAUUUCAGAGGGAUUUUUUUUCUCAGUGGUGUCUCAAAGACUUGCACCAUAUUAACCUUCAGUGGAAGUAAUAUGAAUAUAUUGUAUUGAGUGAAUCCUAUGCUAUGUAACAAUCCAUGAAUCAUACCACGAAAACCCCCCAACACUUUCUCUCUUACUGGCUAAAUUUCAGGGAAGGAAUUAGCACAGUGGCUGAUGACACAUCUUUAUUCAGUCAGUGGGAUAAAUUAUUAGCUGUGGUCGCUAGAUCACUUUAAAGGGAACAUUGGUUACUGCCAUUAUCAUAGUGUAGAUACUGCUCCAAAUAAGUGACUGGUGCUUUUCCUUAAUGUAGGGACACAAACCCUGCCAUAGUUGAUGUCCAUACAAUAUGGAAUAUGGUUUGACAUGAAGGAAGCUGUGCCAAAUUUCUAAUGGUUUAGCAGAAAGUCUACCUUUAGGAUACAGGACUUGAGUGACAGGAUGAGUCUGUGCUGUCCUCUAGUGGUGAUGGGUAUUAAUGUGAAAGUUCAGAGGUAAAAAAGUUAGGGUGAUUGCAACUCAGAGCUCUUGUGUCCAUCUGAAACUCUCAUUAGUUUUCAGCUGACAUUGCUGAAUGAAAUUUCCUAUUUAUUUGAUCUAUUAUUUAACAUUCAUAGGGAAUGACUGGUGAUGCGACCGCUCCUUUACUCAGUCUCAUGAUGUAAUACUGUAUUUUAAAGUGAAGACCACUAAGAGGUAUCGGACCUUUACGUAUGUGAAAUGAAUUUCAUUCAUGUUGCUGUCACUUCAUGCCUGAGAUGCUCGUCCUGACGUAGUGGAGCUGCUUUAGUUUUGGAUCCUAGUGUGUAUGUUGAAACUGUCUGCUUUAAAGAUGAAAUAUGAACUAGUAUGUCUGAAAAUUUCUUACUCAACAUUAUCAUUUGAGAUUUCACAGAUGACUUUUCUAAGCUACCAACUGCUCUGUUAACCUAUGGCUGACUUUUAUGAUUAGGUUUUGUUGAGUUUAUCUGGUACAAUCACAUGUAAUUACAUGCAAUGUGGUACACACCAUAUAUAUAUAAAUAUAAAUAUAUUUGAUAUUAAUUUAUUGUAAUUGUUUUAACUUUUGUAUUAUUUGUACUUUCUCCUUUUAACACUUUCUCUCUGUGUCAAAUUUUUAUUGUUAUGAUAAACUUUUUAAAUGAAUUUUACUGAACAGUGUUCCUGAUAACAUCUUUAAUUUUUGUCAUGUUGUUUUUGUUUAGGAGUACCUGCUACUUUGCCUGUGCCGUGUCAAUGUCUAACACGUUACAGCUGUUUCUUUGCUGUUGGUCCUGCUGUCUGUCCACAUUAAAGGUGAUACAGUAAAAUUUUU